UAGCUACGUUAGUGAUUGCGUCAUUAUUCUGCGACUACUCACGUGUUGACAACAGAGAAGUGCAGACUGGAAGCAGCUACUGAUCAGCCAUGAGCGACAGCGAUGACGAUGUUCCCACUCUGUCAGCUCACACUCUGGCCGCCCUGCAGGAGUUUUACAAGGAAACGAAGGUUGUUACGGAUCACAGCGCUGCACCCACAGACCAGUUUGCUGUGGGAGCCGUGGAGGAGGACUGGCGGAUGAGUCAGUUCUGGUACAGCGACGAGACAGCAACACAGUUAGCCGAGGAGGCGGUACGAGAGGCUGGAGAGGGAGGAAGGAUAGCAUGCCUGAGCGCGCCCAGCGUGUACCAGAAGCUGAAGCAGGGUGUGGUGGACGGUUCAGAUCGGGUGUCUGCCGUGGUGUUGGAGUACGACCGCCGCUUCGCCUCCUACGGAGAGGACUUUGUGUUCUACGACUACAACAAGCCGCUGUCUCUUCCGGACAGCGUGUCUCCUCACAGCUUCGACAUUGUCCUCGCUGACCCGCCUUACCUGUCCGAGGAGUGUCUGAGCAAAGUGACCCAAACUAUCAAAUACCUGAGCAAAGGCAAAGUGCUGCUGUGCACAGGAGCCAUCAUGGAGAAUCUGGCAAAAGAUCUCCUGGAUGUAAAAAUGUGCAGCUUUUUGCCCAAACACAACAGGAACCUGUCCAAUGAGUUCCGCUGUUUUGUCAACUACCCGUCUCGCCUGCUGUCCUGCUGAGGAGCCGGGCGUCCAUCAGAUCGACGCUUCGUUCCGAGCUCAUGGGGGAGGGGCGACAUGUGAACCAUCUCACAUGAAGAUCAGCGUUCUCUUCACGAAUACACCGAGAAUGGAAAAAAAUAAUCCCAGUGUCUCGCCGUCCUGAUGUCUGGGCUUUGGUUUGAUGACUGUAAGUUUGUGAUUCAGACUGGUUGCGGGAACUUUUGAAGACAUGGACUUUAUUUCAAGACCAAAGGUUGAACAAAAAGAUGAUAAGAGGCAUUAUGGUUCAUGUAAGCUUCAGUGUUUUUCAUGGUUUAUUCAUACAAGAGACUGAAAGUUGGGUUAAUCACUGUUUUUAAAUGCUACACUGCUCGAGUAGCUUUUAAGUAAUAAAUCUGAAAGUCUAGUCCAUCUCAGGUUUUGAUACCAAUUCAGAGCAGAUUACUGUUAGUUAUUUAAUCUAAAUCAUGAAAGACUUUUGGUCAGGUCAGCUCUGUGGUGGCAAAAUGAGCGAGUAGAAGAAAAGAGUUCACGGGAAUACAUCACCCCGUUCAGCAAACACCCAGAAGGGUGACGAGUACAUCAGCUGUUUAGUAUUAAAGAGGCAGCAGGAACAACUUUUAAUUUUUCUAAAGAACGUUUAUUUUCUAACCGCUCAGAAAGCUCAGCUGUUAAACAAUUGGGCUCUACUGGGAAACAUACAAGUGUUGUAUGUUUGUACAGUUACCCAGAUAAGUGAGGUAACAGUCGCAAAUAUUUGAUGUUUGCUGUUAUUAAAGUGUCUGAGUAACAUGAAGCGUGGGCUUGUUGCUCUGAUCACCUGAGAAAGUUGCAGAUGUUGUACAGCAGCAGGUGGCAGCAUUGAUCAGCUCAUUCAGAAGUGAGGCCCUCUGUUGUUGUUUGCUUUUGUUUUGAAAGGUCUGGAUCACCUAAAUAACAACUACCUCCCAUUUUUUUUUUACUACAGCUUGUCAUGCAGAGGCAAAACUAUCUGCGUUACUUGGUAUGAGAGUUGCUAAAUAAAACAUGUGCCUCUGUACUUUUGCCAGAA